AUGGAACCCAGCGGAAUUUACGUUAUUCUUUCCGUCAAUUUGACGGAGUAUCACUGGGGAAUCUACGUCACCGGCGCCGACCUGCUACAGGCCGGCGUUGUUCACCACGCCAACAACAAUACAGGCUUAUUAGCACUAAGAGUCGGAACCGUCCCCCUGGCGCAGGGGCAUGCCUGA